CAGUUCCGCCUCUUUGCCAGGACUUCACGCACUUCCGGUCCGGCUUCCCUGCACUUCCGCCCGGCUCUGCGGGCUGAACGGAGUGGUUCCGGGGCACGGAGUCCCCGUUGCGGAGCGGCGGGAGGGAGAUGGAGCGCAUCGCGCUGCCCCCCCGCUCCCCACGGGAGCUGCCAUUGGCGCUGCUGGAGCUGGGAUGUGCUGGGACCUUCGAGUUGGUGGUGGGACCCCCGGGGGGGGCUCGGGGACCCCCCCACCGAGCCACACUCCCUCUGGGGGUCCCCCCUUUCGCCCCCUCCCUUGUUUCGGAGCUGGAGCAGAAGCUUUUGGGGUCCCCCGAGUGGCUUCCCCCCCACCAGCAUGAGAGGGCCCAAAGGUCAUGGUCCCGGCACCCGGAGCCCCGGAACCUCUUUGCCUUGGAGCCAACCCCCCCUAUGGGGGGGCUCCGGGCCCAAAGGGACCCCAAAAGCGGCUCCUUGAAGGGCUUCGUUGAGGAGCUGCUGCCCAAUGUGGGGCUCUCAGCCAAGAACUCGCUCUCCCUGCGCCGCCCCCCCGGCCCCCCCCAAGAGAAUCUAUGGGGCAGCGCCACCUCCUGCCCUUUCUGGCCAGCUGGAUUGGAUGAGCCCAGCCUGGAGCAGCUCCGUAUCCAUGGCGACGAAGAGGAGGAUGUGGACUUCGACACUGACCUAUUGGUGACCCCCCCAGGGCUGAAAAGAGGGGUCGAGUACAAGGCUUCAGUUGGGGGCCAUGGUGGGGGGGGACCCCUUUCCCUCUGCAGCCUCCUCCAGACCUUGGACCCCUUUGACUUGGGGGGGGACGAAGACAUUGAGGGGGGGGGCCCCCCCAAACCGGAAGUGGGGGGCAGAGAUGGGGACCCCCCGAAGAGCCCCCCCCCAUUGCCCCAUAGCGACAGCGUGGAUGAGCUCCUGCAUCAGGAAGUGGUAGAGCCCGCCCCAGCCCCGCCCCCGGCCCCCCCCGAGGACCAAUGGGCUGUGGCCGUUGACACCAGUGAGCCAAUGGAGGACUUCGAGAGCCUGGUGCCUGACCCGGCCUUUAAGUGGCCCUUUAAGCCGGACCCGUUCCAGCUCCGGGCCGUGCUGUGCCUGGAGCAGGGGCACUCUCUGCUGGCGGCCGCCCACACCUCGGCGGGUAAAACGGCCAUUGCCGAGUACGCCAUUGCCCUAGCGCAGCGCCACAUGGCCCGCUCCAUUUACACGUCUCCCAUCAAGGCUCUUUCCAACCAGAAGUUCCGGGACUUCCGGGGCACCUUUGGGUCCGUGGGGCUGCUCACGGGGGACGUCCAACUGCACCCCGAGGCCUCCUGCCUGGUCAUGACCACCGAGAUCCUGCGCUCCAUGCUCUACAAUGGCUCCGAUGUGAUCCGGGACCUGGAAUGGGUCAUCUUCGAUGAGGUGCAUUACAUCAAUGAUGCUGAGCGAGGGGUGGUGUGGGAGGAGGUUCUCAUCAUGCUCCCCGAGCACGUGAAGCUCGUCCUGCUCAGUGCCACCAUCCCCAAUGCCAUGGAGUUCGCCCAGUGGGUCGGGCGCACCAAGCGCCGGUGCCUGCGGGUGCUGAGCACCCAGCGCCGCCCGGUGCCGCUGCAGCACUUCCUGUACACGGGGAACGGGCCCCGCACCCGCGAGCAGCUCUUCCUGCUGCUGGAUGCGCACGGGAGCCUCAGCACACAGGGUUACUACGCCGCGGUGGAGGCCAAGAAGCAGCAGCAGAGCAGCAAAGCGGGGCAGAGCUUUGGGGCCAAGCACCCCACGAUGGCGCCAACGACCCCGGGCCAGGAGCGGGGUCUGUGGCAGGCGCUGCUGGGGCUGCUGCGGGAGCGGGGGCUCCUCCCCGUCGUGGCCUUCACCUUCUCGCGCAGCCGCUGCGACGCCCACGCCGCCGCCCUGGGCCCCACGGAGCUGCUGAGCCCCAGCGAGAGGCAACGGAGCCGCCUCUUCCUCCAGCGCUGCCUCGCCCGACUCAAGGCCCCCGACCGCCGCCUGCCACAGGUGGUGGCCAUAGGGGAGCUGCUGCAGCGCGGCAUCGGGGUGCACCAUGGGGGGGUCCUGCCCCUGCUCAAGGAGGUCGUGGAGAUGCUCUUCAGCCAAGGGCUGGUCAAGGUGCUCUUUGCCACCGAGACCUUCGCUAUGGGGCUGAACAUGCCGGCCCGCACGGUCGUCUUCGACUCCAUCCGCAAGCACGAUGGGAACAACUUCCGGGACCUGCUGCCAGGUGAGUACAUUCAGAUGUCCGGGCGCGCCGGGCGCCGGGGGCUCGAUGCCAUGGGCACCGUCAUCAUCCUGUGCCGGGGCAGCGUGCCCGACCUGCCCGACCUGCACCGCAUGAUGCUGGGGCGCCCCACCCGCCUGCAGUCCCAGUUCCGCCUCACCUACCCCAUGAUCCUCAAUGUGCUGCGGGCGCAGGAGCUGCGCGUCCAGGACCUGCUGCGCCGGAGCUACGCCGAGUUCCCGCUGCGCCGGGAGCAGGAGGCCCAGGCUCGCCGCGUGGCCGAGCUGCAGGGGGCGCUGUCGGCGGAGCCGGAGCCGGAUCCCGGAAGUGACGUCAGCUCCUACCACGAGGCCGUGGAGGCGCUGCGGAGGGACCGGAAGGAGCUGAUGCGGCGCUUGGCGGACUCGGUGGCCGGGCUGCGGGUGCUGGUGCCCGGCCGGGUGUUGGUGGUGAGCACCCAGAGACACCGGAACGCGCUGGGCCUCAUCCUGCAGGUCACCCCCAGCCCCUCAGGCCGCAUUUUCACCACCUUGGUGCUCGCUGAGAAGCCCCCCGAGGGGGGGGAGGAGCCCCCGACACCCCCCGAUGCCCCCCUCCCCGAGGAGCUGCUGCUCACCCGCCUCUUCCUGCCUGAUGGCCCCUGUGGCCACGCUUUGGAGCAGCUCCAGGCCCAGGACUUUGUGGGGGUCACGGCCAAGACCCUGAAGGUGAACCCUGAAAACCUCCUGCAGGAGCUGAGGCCUCGCCACCAGCACCGGGACAGGCCAGCCCUUGGUGCCGCCCUGCAGGAGCUGCUCCGGUUGGCAGCGGGGGUGGGGGGGGGCUCGCCCCUCCCCCUGCUGGAUCCCGCUGGGAUCCUGAGGGAUCCGGAUGCUUUGGAAGCGGCCGCUCGGGUGCGGGAGCUCAGCGCCCGCCUCGGGGCCUUCGAGUGCGUGCACAGGGCCCGGUUCCAGCAGGAGUACGCGCAGGCCGCGAGGCGCCGCUGCCUGCAGGAGCAGUUGGAGCAGCUCCGCUUCCAGCUCUCCGACAGCUCCCUGCUGCUGCUGCCCGAGUACAGGCAGCGCCUGGAGGUGCUGCGCUCCCUGGGUCACGUGACCCCGUCGGGCGCAGUGGCGCUGGGCGGCCGCGUGGCGGCGUCGCUGAGCACGGGCUCGCUGCUGGUGACGGAGCUGUUGCUUAGCAACGGGCUGGCGGCGCUGAGCCCCGCCGAGAGCGCGAGCCUCCUGUCGUGUGUCGCGACAGGGGGGGGAGGGGGGGGCCGGGGGGAGGUUCCCCCCCUGAGCCAGGCGUUGGGGAAGGCCGUGCAGCACCUCGUGGGCCUGGCGCAGCGCCUGGGCCGCCUGCAGCAGGAGUGCGGCCUCAGCACCAGCGCCGAGGACGUGGAGCAGGAGCUCAACUUCAGCUUCAUGGAGGUGGUGUUCGAGUGGGCCCACGGCGUGCCGUUUGCCUCCAUCCGCCUCCCCCCGGCCCUACAGGAGGGCUCUGUUGUGCGCUGCAUCCAACGCCUGGAGGAGCUGUGCCGGGAGCUGCGGCAAGCAGCCCGGCUACUGGGGGAGCCAGCCCUGGCCACCAAGAUGGAGGCGGUCUCAGGCCUCAUCCGCAGGGACAUCGUCUUCGCCGCCAGCCUCUACACGCAAUAA